AUGAUGAAGGAGUGCCUCCAGUUCCUCAUCGAGCCGGCAAAAAAAAUUAAGAUCCGCCUCAAGGAGUCUCGUAAGAAAGUGACAAAUGAGAAGAAAGAACCUUUAGUGGAGAGUCAGCUGUUUAUAAUGGAGCUGGCCAGGGAACUCAACAGACUGUGCCAGAGGUCAAAUGUCCUAGCCUACAUCUGGACCAAUGAAGACUCCUGGCCUCCCAGUGUGUGUAGAGAAUGCAUAGUGGAGUGGGCUGCCGUGCUGGAGAAUAGAGUACAGGCGAGCACUCAGCUCCAGGCUGACAGGCCAGAGAAGAGGGAGUGGAACGGUCACCUGUUGUGUAUGCUGGAGACAGGUGGAGAGUAUGACAUGGCAUCCCACAAACGGGUCAUCAUGGACUGGACACACCAGCUCAGAAACAAACUAGAGCCCAGUAUCUGGCCCGGUGAGCCCGUAUUGAUGAUGUUGGAUGAUCUGGAGUUCCAGUGGAGGAGGGGGCGUCUGCCGAACCUUCUCCCAGCCAUGGAGCUGGUCAUGUGGGUCGUGCUGAGUGCAGACAGCCCUGACAAGGAGGACGUAACCAAGCAGUGGCUGAUCAGAAGACAGAGGAGUCAGAAGAUUGAUGCAGCACGCUACAUUCCCCAUAAUGUAUGGAACUGGAUCUGUGAUGCUGCAGAGGAAGUGACCCUUGACCCCAAGACAGCCAACCCUGACCUCAUCCUCUCCAACGACGACAAGCGCAUGUGCUGUGGCCUGGAGCGGCGAGACAUCCCUAACUGCACGUGUCGCUUCGAUGGCUGGUGGUGCGCUCUGGGAAACGAGGGCUACACCUCUGGGCGCCAUUACUGGGAAGUUGAAGUGGGCAACCGGGACUGGCGGCUGGGCGUGGCUAAAGCCUCUGCCCAAAGGAAGGGUUAUAGUUCCCUCAACACAAAGACGGGCUACCUCACCCUGCGGCUGGAGAGGGGCUUAGACCUCAAGGCCCUGACGGUGCCUUCCACCCCGCUGGCCCAGAUGCUGGUCCCCAGGAAGGUGGGGGUCUACCUGGACUAUGAGCAAGGCCAGCUCUCCUUCUACGACGUGGAGAAGAGGUCCCACAUCUACACGUACAACGAGACCUUCACAGAGAGACUGUUCCCUGUGUUUGGGACUGUAGAGGUGGUGAAGGGUCUGGUGAUCAGGUCGGCACAGACCAGGGAACCCUGCCUCUGCCCUGGACCCUGUCUCUGGUGCUAA